AUGCCAAACGAUGAGCCAGAGGUGAUAUGGGAAUACACGGCCGCCGGAGUGCAGAGGGUCAUCGCGGUCGGGAGCACCAGCUUCAUCGGGGACGUUGGUGGCAAUCAGGUGCUCAAGUAUCCUCAUGUUGCGACCGAUCGCGAGGCCAUCGAGCAUGAGGCGCGGAUUUACGACCUCCUUGGCCACCAUCCAAGGAUAUUACGGUGCUACGGGCUCGACGAAUCCGGCCUACGACUGGAGAAGGCUGCCAAUGGAACACUACGUGACACUCUACAGACACGCAACAAUGAUCCUCGCGAAGAGUUAAAAUGGUCACGACAGUUGGUAGAAGCCGUCGAGUACAUUCAUACAAAAGAAGUUUUCCACUGCGACAUCAGCCCUCGAAAUUGUUUCAUCACCAGCGAAUACGACUUGCAGUUAGGUGAUUUCCAGGGGAGAUAUCAUGCGCAUGGCAACGUCUACCAGGGCUUCUGCGCCGAAGGUACAAAGUCGUAUCUGCCACGAUGCCCAGGAACAGCAGAUCACUACUCCGAUCUCUUUGCCGUAGGAAGUGCCAUCUACGAGAUCAUGACAGGGCACGAACCGUACGAACACCUGGACAGCAUCGAUGACAUGGAAGAGAUAGACGCGCUGUUCAAGGAAGGCAAGUUUCCAAGCACGGAUCACCUCUUAGCUUGCAAUGUGAUUCAAGGCUGUUGGCGACAGAGGUACGACUCCGCCGGGCAAUGUGCAAAGGAUUUGGCAUCUAUUGAGGCUCAAUAUACCACGUCCCCAUAA